CCGCCGGAACGCCGGACAACGAGCAGCCGGUGUGUUGUGUUGUGUGUUUUGUCUCGCUUACAAAAUAACCUGACCCCGAGUUCUCACUCUUAAUUUGUGUCUUUCCCUGCGGUACCACUUACAUCGACAACCCUCAGUGCAGUGUUAUUGUUGUUCUUGUGCCGUUUAUACUGCCUGUCAACCGCUUUGUUGCAACAGCCACCUGUGGAAAAGCAGCCGCUGCGUCAUUAGUUUUACCAAAGUUGACAAAGUAAUCAAUAGUUAUUGGUAUUUUAAACAAUAGCAGUGCAGCAGAACAAUAAGCUCACUUUACUGAGUUUUCCCACUGCUCUGAUCAUUGUACUAGGACGUAACCUUUCUGAUAUGGAACUCCAGUGUGAAAUUUGUUUUAACCAUUUUGACGUGGAGUCCCACCGACCCAAAGGCUUGCCGUGUGGGCACACCAUCUGUAAGGAUUGUGUAAUGAACCCAGAGUUGGGGAGGAAAUGCCCAACAUGCAGGAAGGACCUGCCCGGUGAGCCUGAUGACAUACCGGACAACAUUCUAGCGAUCCAAUUGAUUGAAAACGGUGGCGCCCCGCCCUGCAAGAGGCUGAAAAGAGAAGACACAGAGGUGCAGCAGCUGCAGCGAGGAGUGGACGCGGGCAAGAAGGUGGUGGAGGCGCUGCGGCUGGCGGUCCCCAAGGCCGUGGAGGCGCUGAACCGCCAGCUGGACACGUCGGUCGCCCACCUGCGCGAACUGGAGGAGGCCCUGGAGCAGCGCGUGCAGCGGGAUGCGGCCGGCGGCGAUGGGGGCCCUACACCGGAACAGCUGAAGCUGGCGGUGCAGCUGGAGGACAGCCUCUGCCUGCUCACCGCGAACAAGUGCAGCGUCGUCGUAGGAGAGAGUGGUUCCAGCUGGAAGGCCACCAUGCAGCUCGGCGAAUCCGACGACUUCUUGCGUCUCUUGUUACUGCAGCUUCUGGCAGACGGCCAGCUAGCAAAGGUUGACAGCACUCCUGUUCCCUCCGCAUGCGCGUAUGUGGGACCGCCAAUGAUUAGCAUCCUCACCAUAAACCUCACUGAUCUCACGGGAGGCGAUUUGAAUGUGAAUGAAAUUAUUCGAGACAAAGGGCGGAUAGAUAAUAUACGCUGUAUUAAAGACUUGAAGGGCGAGGGCUCCGACAAGCUGCUGCGCGUCGUGGCGUCGCACCCGCUGCACGUCGAGGAGCUCGGGUUUUUGGGUAAAGUAGAUCCGAAGGUCAUGUAUGAAGUACAGAAAAUGUCGUCACUCAAAAGACUGGAAGUCAAAUGCAUUCCGGAAUGUGAUGACUACCCGGACCUGCCGUUGCAGCUGGAAGAGCUGGCUAUAAAUUCACCAAGCGAGCAACAGGUGGACUGUGUGAUGCGCAUGCCCGCCCUGCAUAGUUUAAGCAUUUGGAAUUACAUGGGUGAAAACCUCACCUUUCCCCACUCGGAGUAUGCAACACUGCGCUGGCUGCGCGUGGCCGUCAACAAUUACCAUAAGCCCACCAUGCUGUCCCUGAUCCGCGCCCACGCCUCCUCACUACAGGAGCUGCAGGUGUAUUGUACCAUCGAUGAUGACGAGGAGGAUGGCUGCUUCUAUUUCCCAGACCUUGGCCGUGAGCUGUCUGCAUGCGGCCUGCUCCACCUCCGCCGGCUCGUUCUCGUUCGUCAAAAUAAUGAUCUGUGCACGAAUAUCGCUGGCUGCGUGAUGCAGCGGCAGAACGUCCGCGCCUCCAUGCCCGCGUUCGUUGAGGUGGUUUGCGACGAGUGUUGUACGACCUCUGUUGUGUGGUAAAUGCUUAACCCCGCCCCCCGCACUACGGGUCAACUGAAAAUUCACGUCGCACAAGACAUGUCAUAAUGUUCUUAAGUAAUUACAUUCUGUCUUAAGAUUUUCCUGAAGUGUGUUAAGCUGGAAUCGUUUACAAUAAAUCUUACUCUUGACUGCAUUA